UAAACAUGAAGACAGUACAUAAAACUAUCUUUUUGUUUAGAUUUUUCAUUUUUGCCUCGGGAAAUCUAGCGCAUGCAACGUUUAUUAAUAUCCUUUGACGCUCUAAUUAUCUCUUCUAAGGAUAGAAAUUCGAAAUUGCGAACAUGGCAAUAGUUUUAACUCGAAGUUUACCGUCUUCGAUUGUUCUGAUUCGACUGCGGAGUGCUUUGAAUAAGAUGCCUCCUCGAAGUGUGUGUACUAACAGCGAUAUAGAUGCGCUCGCGUCGGCCCAUGCUCGUUUUAGAUCUCUGGGAGAAGGAUCCGUGUUGCUAGAGAAGAACAAAAUGACUGGCAUUGCCACCAUUACUCUACAGCACCAGGAAAAAAAGAACGCUUUGUCCGGUCAGAUGAUGGUGCAGCUUGCCGAUGCGGUAAGCGAGCUGGAAUCGUGGCAAGAAGGGCGCGGUCUCAUUUUCCGUGCAGUCGGUGAUUUUUUCUGCUCUGGUGGAGACCUAACUGUUGUGCAGAAAAUCAGCAACAAUGCAGACGGUGAUCUUAUGUGCCGCUUGAUGCAAGAUACUACGACUCGUCUCCAUCGUUUGCCUCUUGUGUCGGUGUGUCUCGUGCACGGUCGCGCGAUCGGUGGAGGCGCUGAGCUGACAACCGCAACAGAUUUUCGUCUUUUUACCGAAGCAGGGCGGGUACAGUUCGUACAAGGGUUUAUGGGCGUAUCAACGGGUUGGGGAGGUGGCACGCGGUUAGCCCGUUUGCUUGGUGCGCGCAAAGCAUUAGACUGGCUACUCACAGCACGCCCUAUACAUGCUAGUGAGGCUUUGGAUUGCGGAUUUGCAGACAAUAUCGUCCAGCAAGACGCAGUGUAUGACGAGGCUCAUCAGUGGUUGCAGGAAAGGCUUAAAUUUCAUCCUGACGUUAUUCGCGCGUUCAAAAAAACUGUAACUGGUGCUUGCGACAAUGAUGUAGAACAGAGUUUACUCAACGAAAGGAAGUUGUUUUCUCCUUUGUGGGGAGGCCCUGAAAACCUUCGAAUGUUACAGAAGGGAACUAAGCACUGAAUAUCAUUGUUGCUUGCUUCUGACGCGUCGCAAAAAAGUGUCGACGUGAGGUUCAGACAUAACUAGCGAUGUUCAAUUUUCAUACAUUCUGAAUCAAAUCCAAACAUCAAUUUUUUCUAUUAAAAAAAUUAUCUUUCGCGAUUGUACACUGCUAUAGCAAAUUUAUGUGAAAUUAAAAAUAUUGAAUUUAUUUUCCGCAUUUGCGGAUAUGGUUGUAUUUCAGUUGUUCAGUCAUCAGUCACAUUUGACGGAACGGAAAUUUGUACGGAAACGUUGCUUCAACUUUCUUCUACUUGUAGACCGCAGGAGCUGCUCUUUACCUACUACGGCUUUUGAGGUAAAGUUCCAUAAAUUAUUUUGCUAUCGUUAUCGCAGUUCGUGCAAUAAUUACAAAGUUUUAAGACAUUAGGUUAGGUUGUUGCUCCCUGGACAUAGUGGCAAA